AUGACCUGGCAAAAUCACUCAAUAUUGAUGGAAUUUGCAUUCAUGGCCUAUCCGUCCUGCCCAGAGCUUCGGAUCCUGUCCUUCCUUGGCAUCAGCCUGGUUUAUGCAUUAAUCAUCACUGGCAAUGUCCUCAUUGUGUUGACCAUCCAGUCAGAAGCCUGCCUACACACACCCAUGUACUAUUUCCUGGGCAGCCUGUCAGGGGUAGAAAUAUUCUACACUGCUGUGGUUGUGCCACAUAUGUUGGUCAAUAUCCUAAAGACAGAGAAGACCAUCUCUUUCGGGAGCUGUGCCACUCAGAUGGUGUUCUUCAUUGGACUGGGCAGUGCUGACUGCUUCCUCUUGGCUGCCAUGGCCUAUGAUCGAUAUGUUGCCAUUUUCCAGCCCUUGCAGUAUCCUCUCAGCAUGACUUUGACUCUCUGUGUACGUUUGGUUGUGGCCUCUGUAGUCAUUGGUUUCUUGCUCUCUGUACAACUGGUGGCCUUCAUCUUCUCUCUGCCAUUCUGCCGGGCCCGGGGCAUUGAGCACUUCUUUUGUGAUGCGCCACCAGUGAUGCAGCUUGUUUGUGCCAACAGCCACUCCCAUGAGCACUCAGUGCUGGUGGCAGCCACACUAGCCGUUGCUGUGCCUUUCUUCUUCAUUGUCACCUCCUACGGCUUCAUAGUGUCUGCUGUGCUCAGGAUCCACUCAGCAGCUGGCCGCAGUCGAGCCUUCUCCACCUGCUCCUCCCACCUCACUGUGGUCCUGCUGCAGUACGGCUGCUGUGCCUUCAUGUACCUGCGCCCCAACUCCAGCUACUCUCCUAAGAAAGAUCAGCUCCUUUCACUGGUCUACACACUGGGCACCCCACUGCUCAACCCACUCAUUUACACCCUGAGGAACAAUGAGGUGAAGGGGGCCCUUGGGAGAGUUCUUACCAGGAAUCACCUCUCCAAAAACAGCUAG